GCGCUGCCCCCCUCCUCCCUCCCUGCCCCUCCAGAAAAGUCCAUUCUUUACUCCGAGUAUUUAGCCUCGCCUAUUGCUGACACAGCUCUCCCGCGGGCGUUGUCUGCGUGGAAUCCUCCGUUCCAUUCCACAACAAAUCUCUCGCUGCCGAGCCCAGGGAAAGGAAAUCUCCUCUUCUUUGUGUUCGGUUUUGCAUCGAUUUGUUUGGUUUCCGGGUCUUGCGCUCUGCGCAGAUCCAACGGUGGGGGAAUCUCUCGUUGUGGGGGGUUGAAUUGGAUCGAUUUCGAUUCGUUUGUUGGCGUUCUUGAUCCGAAAGGUGUGAGAUUUGAUUGGGUUCUCUCUCCUGGAGCAUUUGUGUUUGUAAGCGACAAGGAUGCUCUACUUGAAGCAGCCGACGAGGAGCUGAACAACUACAGGGAGUCUUUGGUUUUUUACAAUUUCUCGGUCAGGACCUGGUGUUUGUUUGUCGAUCUGAUCCGAUGGAGGCUAUGACGGGUGGUAAAUUCCUGCAAAAGUUUCGGCUCUACGAAACCAGAUCGAAAUUUUACCUUAUUGGAAGAGACAAGAGCAGGGCUCACUGGAGGGUCUUAAAGAUUGAUCGGAUGGAGUGUACUGAGCUGGGUGUCGAGGAGGAUCCAACUAUUUACACGGAGAGUGAAUGCCAAGAACUGCUUUGGCGGAUUCAUGAGGGGAAUAGGUUGACUGGUGGACUGAAAUUUGUCACAAAAUGCUAUGGAAUAGUUGGUUUUGUAAAGUUUCUUGGUCCUUAUUACAUGGUUGUAAUAACCAGGAGAAGGAAAGUUGGCACAAUAUGCGGCCAUGAAAUCUAUUCCAUUGGCAAGAGUGAAAUGAUCACAAUUCCAAGUGUUAUAGUCUGGCCCAACGUGGCUUAUUCUAGGGAUGAGAACAGAUAUAAGCGCCUACUUUGCUCGGUUGAUCUUUCAAAGGAUUUCUUCUUCAGCUACUCUUACAACAUCAUGCGCAGCCUUCAGAAGAACAUAACUGAGAAGAAUACUGGACAGGUUGUUUAUGAAACAAUGUUUGUAUGGAAUGAAUUUCUGACACGAGCAAUUCGGAAUCAUCUCAAGAAUACCAGUUGGACUGUUGCCUUAGUCCAUGGAUUUUUUAAACAGUCGAAGCUCUCAGUAUCCGGGAAGGAUUUUUGGUUGACACUUAUAGCUAGGCGCUCGCGCCAUUUUGCUGGAACGAGAUUCUUGAAACGGGGUGUGAAUGAAAAGGGCAGGGUCGCCAAUGAUGUUGAGACUGAACAGAUUGUUUUUGAAGACACAUCUGAUGGAAUCCCAAGUCACAUGGCUUCUGUUGUACAACAUAGAGGAUCAAUACCUCUUGUCUGGUUUCAGGAAACUUCAAGACUUAAUAUUAGACCAGAUAUUAUUUUAAAAGCCGAUGUGGACUACAAGGCGACUCGUCUUCAUUUUGAGAACCUUGCACUUAGAUAUGGGAAUCCAAUAAUCAUCUUGAACUUAAUAAAGACCCGCGAGAAGAAGCCUCGUGAAUCUUUGCUCCGUGCAGAAUUUGCUAAGGCUAUCCAUUACAUUAAUAAGGGGCUAACAGAGGACAAGCGUCUAAAAUUUUUACACAUGGAUUUGAGUAAGCUUUCUCGAAGGAAAGGUACCAAUGUGCUUGCACUGUUAAACAAGGUGGCAUCGGAUGUGUUGGAUCUAACUGAAUUCCUCCACUGCAAAAUAAGUACAUCAGCCAAAUCUGAGGAUGCCACAAGUGGCGAAAGAACUGUUACCAAACCACAUGAUGACAAAAGUAGCAGCGUGCAAAGCGAAUGCGUAGCUAAGUUGGUACCUAUUUUGUUACAGAAGGGUGUCCUCAGGACAAAUUGUAUAGACUGCUUGGACCGCACAAAUGUUGCACAAUUUGCAUACGGUUUAGCUGCUUUAAGGCGUCAACUUCAUGCGCUGGGGCUUACUGAAGCACCUAAAAUUGAAUUGCAUGCUCCUCUGGCUGACGAUCUGAUGGAUUUCUAUGAACGAAUGGGUGAUACAUUAGCUAUUCAAUAUGGUGGUUCUGCAGCUCACAACAAGAUCUUCUGUGAGCAAAGAGGCCAAUGGAAGGCAGCAACCCAAUCUCAGGAGUUCCUUCGAACCCUUCAACGCUACUACAAUAACGCCUACACUGAUCAUGACAAGCAGGAUGCUAUAAACGUGUUCUUAGGUCAUUUCCAACCUCAACAAGGGAAACCUGCAUUAUGGAAGUUGGACUCCGAUCAGCAUUACAACAUUGGGAGGCAAGGAACUUUAAAAGAAGAGAUUGCAAGAUCAUUCAUAAAGAGGUCGCUAUCAGAUGGUAAUAUUUUGUUGGAGAACAGCCUACCUGUAUCUAACUGCAAUAGUGGAGAAAACAACACUGCGUUGCUUCCUAUGCAACAGCUGGAUGAUAUUAGAGAGCCUUCUGAUUCUGCACCAGAUAUCUCCAUAUGUGAACCUAACCCAUGCUCCAGUAUGAACUAUGGCACAGUGCCUGCAAGGCACUCCAUGUCAGAAGAGCGGCAGAGUUAUCUGAAAAGAUUAGGUUACCCUGAGUUGCAUUCCUCAAAUUUUCUUGAUCUUGAUUUGUUGUCAUCUUCGGGGAAUUCCUGUGAUGAGGAAGUUUUUGAGAGGUCGUCGCUGAUCAAUUCGCCUAUGGAUGAGAUCAGUGUAGAAUCAUCUACGUCUUAUAGCGAACAAGGACACCUCGAUGAGGGAAGGGAUGACACGGAUCUGUCUCGUUCGAGCAGCCAGCUCUCAGACACUAGGGACUAUUCUGACCGCUUCGCGCACUGGGUUGCUAAUGGAGGCAUGCUUUGCUACUAGGUGGCGAACUUUUUGUCUCGGUGACAACUCUGUAGGAAUUUUGAGCAGCAGGAAAUGGCUGACGGCUAGAGCAGAUCAAAUGGCUGAUGGCUAGGCGCAUCUGCCUGCAUAAGAGAUGAGACUGAAGAGAUGGCGGCCAUGGGAGAAGCCUCGCACCAUCGUGGUUGUGAUCACUGGAAGUAAUCAGAGGAGAUGGCGGCGGCUGGGUUGGGUACAGGAUUCAAUUUGCUGUGGUGAAGAAUUUGACCAUAGCUUAGACAAUAAAUAGGCCAAAGUAUAUCUGAUUCUUUUAGCUUAGCUUACAUUUUCCCUUUCUCCAUAGAAAUUAUGAAAAAAAUAUAAAAAAGUAUUUUUUAAAAAAAAGAAGAAAAAAGGUGAAAAAAGAGCACUGUUGUUGUAAAUAGUAUGUUACAGAAAUAGAAAUAUUUGCUGCUUAUAUCAGUUCAAUUUCGGAGGCCU